AUCCCUUACAUAAUCCAUUUACUCCAAACAAUACACAUCCUUUGUAAAUAAUUUUUCUCUGAAUGUGUUUGAUAUGCUUCCAACAAGUCAACCAAUUCACUUGUAAACAAUAACGGAGUAUGUUUGAUAUACUUCCAACCCUAAUUCGGCAUUUCUUCUCGUUAUCGUGAAAGCCAUGGAGGUUUCUGUAUUUUUGGAUUCAAGUACCACCACCUAUUCUGGAUAGAUCCUUCAUUCGGGUAUUCGAAUUGUUUGGGACAAAAAGUUGCUCCUGGACAAUUCAGGGAAAAAAGAGUGGCAUAAAUAAAAUUAACUGAAAUAGGAGGCUGAUAUGCAUCUUUAGUUUAAUAGUCAUUUGAGUCGAUUCUAUACAAUCCUACAACCAUGGAUCUCCCAAAACCAAAGAAGAGAAGUAACCGCCUCCUCUUAAAGCAGAAGAAAGAAGUAGCUGAAGAUGAGCCCAAGAAUAGAUUUGGUCAUUUGCCGCCAGAAAUUGCCAAGGACAUUCUCUCGAGGCUUCCCAAUGUCCAAUCUAUAAUCCAGUUCAGGUCUGUAUGUCAUUCCUGUGAACUCUGGUCUCAUGAUUCCCAUGUUUUUCGUAUGCACUUCUCUCGGAGUAGUAGUACAGGGUCGAAACUCCUCUAUUUUUAUUCAUCAAAUGAGGAACUCCACUUUGUCGAAUUCUCUGAUAUUAAUGAAGAAGGAUUGAUUGCAAGAAAAAUUCAAAAUGCAUUUGUUGAUCUGACACCAAGAUCGUUUUGGGUGUAUGGCUCAUCCAAUGGCAUUAUGAUAUUACAAGAUCUGCAUAAUUGGAAAUGGAACUGCCUAUAUAAUCCUUUCACAAGGGACUAUAAACUUGUACCCGAACUGGACGGCUCGUCAUCUUUUUCAUAUUGGUGGCCUGCAUGCCAUCCAGUUACCAACGAUUACAAAAUAUUUGCUAUACGCCCCAUGUAUAAUUCGAAGGAAUUUUGGUCAAUGGUCUAUGUAUACAGUAUGAGUAGAAAUGAGUGGACAAAAUUAGGAGAAUUUUCUUUUAAAGUAGAAGAUCAGUCGGAAAAUAAAGGAGUUUUGGUCAAUGGGAGACUCCACUGUCUCACUGUCAAAGGGAAAUUGACUCGUUUUCUUAAUAUAACAUCGAUUGGCAUCAUGGAUUAUUCUGUCAAGGAGGUUCCCAUGCCUGCGGAGGUUAUAUUUAAAAACAGUAAAAGAUCUCAACUUGCUGUUUUAGGGGGAUGUUUGUCGGUUGGCGUAAGAAGAGUUGAUUCAAGGAUGCAUAUUUGGGUGAUGAAAACAUAUGAAAUGGAAUCAUCUUGGGUGAAGCAGUAUGUUUUUGGGGCUGAAUUUCUUAAAUUUGAUCGCAAUUGGAGGAGCCGUGGCAAAGAAAUGUUACGGAUUGUAUGCCUUCUUAACAAGGAAGAAAUCUUGCUUGUUUACGAUGGAUACGGUGGAUAUGGGCAAGGAGAUUUGAUUUCAUACAAUGUUGUUACUAAAGGUUAUAAGACUCUCACUUUUGGGGGAACACUGCAAACAACGUCAUUUAGAACAACGGUUGAUACAUGUUGCUGGUCAGCUUAAAUGAACAUUUCACUCACAUUCUAAUACUGCGUUCUUGCUCGUGGAAAAGAAGCAUUGUCAUAUGGCCUUUCAUAGGUUCACUGUUAUUCACAAUUAUUUUAGACUGAUAUUUUUGGAGAAGCAAUCAACUUAAAAGAAAUUGGUGUGGAGAACUAUGAAAAAUGAACCGUUUGUAAUAUGUUCUUGAUGUCUGUAAAGGUGGUUGACAACUCCUGAAUGGUCGUAUUUUUGUUAUGUUUAGACGGUUUAGUAUAUGAUAAUAAUGUUUCUAAUGAUGAUGUUUGAAGAUCCAUGAUUUUAAACGAUGUCUAGUUUUUUGUUGAUUGUUUUCAAAUACA